AUGGCUGAAGAGACACCCAACCUCUCGGAGGUCCAUGAGUUCCUCAUCGAGCUGGCCGGCAAGGCGGGGGAACUGAUCACCAGCGCCCAUCCAUUGAUCAAUGGCGUUGGGUCGAAGAAGAACAGCUCCGACCUGGUCACCGAGACAGACCGCGCCGUUGAGGCCGUGGUCUCAGACGCCCUUCGAACGAAGUAUCCUGACUAUGAGUUCAUGGGCGAGGAGACCUAUCACCCAUCAAAGCCGCUCACCGAGGCGCCGACCUUCAUCGUGGACCCUAUCGAUGGCACGGUGAACUUCGUCCAUGGCUUCCCGUCCGCGUGUAUCUCGCUGGGGUUCGCAGUCGGCUAUGAACCCAUGGUCGGUGUCGUCUUCAACCCGUUUACGAAUACCCUCUACAGCGCCAUCAAGGGCCAAGGGGCGUUUAUGAACCGAACCAAGAAGCUGCCCUUAAAGGGGGACGAUGUUGAGCCGCUCAAUGGGCUUAGCAGUGCGCUGAUUGCCGUAGAAUGGGGAUCUGACCGGAGCGGCGCCAACUGGGAAACCAAACUGCGCACCUUUGAGAGUCUGGGGAAGUCCAAGGAGCAAGGCGGUGCCAUGGUGCACUCGAUGCGAAGUAUGGGCUCCGCGGCGCUGAACCUUUGCUCGGUUGCCUCUGGUGUGCUGGAUCUCUACUGGGAGGGCGGUUGCUGGGCGUGGGAUGUAUGUGCUGGCUGGAUCAUCUUGACUGAAGCCGGCGGCAUCAUGGCGGAUGGAAACCCUGGCAACUGGCAACCCAGAGUGGACUCGAGACGAUAUCUAGCCGUCAGGGGUUCUCCAAAGGGCGAGGGCCAGACGGAGCUUGUGGAGGAGUUCUGGUCUCAUAUUAAGGGCACCCUCUCCUAUUCUGAUGAGUAG